AUGCACCCUGUUUCCUUAAUGUUUGUCUUUCUCUUUGAUCUUCUUUCAUUAUUGAAUAUUAUUGCAGGAAGCAUUGUUGGUCAUAAAGGGAAUAUUGGUCAGAGCAUUUACAGUGCCAGUAAGGCAGGAUUGUUUGGAUUCUCCAAGUCCCUCGCUAAAGAAGUGGCAAUAAUAAACAUCCGAGUUAAUGUAGUUGCACCAGGAAUUAUUCAAACUGAUAUGACUUCAGGUUUAGAAGAAGAUUCCCUAAAUAAAAUGAUUCCCUUGGGCAGGUUUGGAGAUCCAGAAGAAGAUGCCCAGUCAGUCCUCUUCUUAUUGGAAUCCCCCUAUAUCACAGGACAUGUUUACUGGCUGAUGGUGCCUCCAACUACACAUUUAGGUUUCUUCAUCUUACAAAAGUUUAGACAUUGUAUGUUCAAAUAAAUAUUAUAAGAAUAGUAAACAAUGUUCAGUUUUUUACAUUUUAUUUUUCA